UGUCCCAUUAUUGGUAUCAGUGGGAGGAAUAGUGCCACAUCAUUAGUAUCAGUGGAAGGAAUAGUGUCCCAUUAUUGGUAUUGUGGAAGGAAUAGUGCCCCAUCACUGGUGUCAGUGGGAGGAAUAGUGCCCCAUCACUGGUGUCAGUGGGAGGAAUAGUGCCCCAUCAUUGGUGUCAGUGGGAGGAAUAGUGCCCCAUCACUGGUGUCAGUGGGAGGAAUAGUGCCCCAUCACUGGUGUCAGUGGGAGGAAUAGUGCCCCAUCACUGGUGUCAGUGGGAGGAAUAGUGCCCCAUCACUGGUGUCAGUGGGAGGAAUAG